AUGGCUGGUGAUGAAUCCCCGAAGGACCAAAAUUUAAUGUUCGACACAAACAACAGCAUAAAUCACCUGACCGGAAAUGAAUUCUAUUUCUACUCUAACGACGAUGCGGGGGUGUAUAGGAGGAAGACACCGAGUGAAUUCCAAACUGGGGAAGUAAACACCAGUGAGCGUGAUGAAUUGCCCCCGGUAACCACCAAUGAUAGAAACGUAAGGGAGGACAAAGUGAAAAAGUUAAAGAAAAACGAGAAAGAAGCAGAAAGGAACAAAACACACAGAAAUAUCAAAAAAAAACAGGGGGACACAAGUGACUACUUCUACGCUGAUAAGGUAAACUUGCAACACACGUAUGAGGAAAGAGAAAAAUUUGUCUUUGAAAACGAAUUUGAUAAAGUACAUGAUGUGUACAAUGGGGAAGAAAUAAUGAAAAUUAUAAACAAAUUAAAUUCUAUAAGGAAAGAAAUCGAAACGGUCAUAUACAAAAAGUUGGAAACAAAAUACGUAGAGUUCCUCACCAUGUCUAACAAGAUUAAAGACAUUGAAGUCUCCAUAUCAAAUAUUAAAAAUUCAGUGGCAGAAAAUACCAGCGAAUUGAAAUUUCUGCAGGACAAGAAAUAUAAGGAAAGUCUAAACAUAGUUAAUCUUGUGACUAGAAAAAAAAAAUUACAGAAAAUAAACUUAACAAUUUUAACCAUAUAUAUUAUCCACAUAUAUGAUAAAUUAAUUUUUAAAAAUAUUUUAAGAAAAGAUUAUGAGUAUGCAUCUUUAACUUACUUCGAGCUAGCCAAAUUUUUAAACAGACAUGGAAAACUUCUCCAUCACCUUAACUGUAUACACCAUUUGAAGGAAAAAAAUUUGGUAGAUUAUUUCAACAGAUUGAAGCAAAAAAAUCAGACAAAUUUUAUCGAAUUCUUAUUUGCAAAUAAUGGCAAUAAAAAUUUACAAGCACAGUUAGAAAAGUCCUUCAAAAUUUAUUUCUUCCUUUUUAAAAAAAAAACCUCCAAUUUUAUCGAAAAUUUGCUAGCCCAUGUCUAUCAAUGCUUUCGCAAAAUUUCAAAGCAGGUCAUUUUUUCCUUCGUAAUUGUAAGCAAAAAGGGCGGCAAAAUUAGAACUAACCAAAGGGAAGGCAAACAAAAAGGAAGAUACUCAGAUCCCCCCGAAAAAGAAGCACAAAGUAGUAAGCACCUCAAAAGGGAAGAAAUGGAUAACACCACCGCACAGAACAUUGACGAAGAAAAUAUAGUUCAACCUUGUGAAUUAAAAAAGAGUGAUUCGCUGGAACAGAGGAUUAAUAAUACUCCUCCAUUUUAUCACACAAGUGUACAUCAAAAUUUGAAUCAGAAAAUCCCCAACCACGGGAAGAACUUCGCACAGGGUGGACACCCUAAGCAAAACGAAGGAACAUCCCAGGGUCUACCACAUAAUUCUGAUAAUAUAAACGAUGAUAUUACCCGCACAUACGAAAAUACAGAGGAAUUAAAAAAAGGAAGUAAUAAAAACACACAUAAUAAGUCCCCGUCAAAUGAGAAUAACCCAAAGGACAAACUCCAAAUUGAUAUAAACCAGCUUCAAGAAGAGGAAAAUUUUUUGUUCAUUCCGCUAAAUGAGUUGGUACAAAAAUUAAACGAAAAGGGCUGCUUCCUUUCUCUUGUGAAAAUAUACGAAAUUGUCUUUGAUGUCCUGAACAAGUAUGACUCCCUCAUCAUUUAUUUAUUAAGUUAUCCAAAAAAUGAAACACCUAGUGGCGGUGCGAAAGGGACAGAAAUGGAUACAGUCUCACUUAAUGGUAACAAUAAGAACGAUCCAAUGUGUGCCGCGAGCGAUUUUUCAAAGCACCACACCGAUGGGGGAAGUGCUACCCUUGAUCGAACUGGCAAACCACAGAGUGACCAUUCUGAGGAUAACGAAUUAGUAAAAGAAGAUUUCUCGUUAGAGAAUGGACACACCUUGGACGAUGCCAACGGGGAAGGAAAUUCCCCCCAAGGAGGAGACCACCCUGAUAACUUCACCUUUUACGACCUGUUCAACGAAUAUAGAAGCGAAAAACGCUUUCCCACUUUCUCAAAAUUUUAUCACAUGAGCGAUGGUAAUAGUUCUUCCCCCCAAAUAACUGAUUUUGUAAAAAAUGUCGAUAUUGAAAAUUGUCCCUUUGCAGAGUAUUCCCAAAAAAUUAAAGAAAAAAUUGAAUUACAUUUAAAAGGAAGGAGCAUCCAUUAUAACCAUUCCGAAGCCUUCCUAUAUUUCGCACUAGACAAUGCGAAUAAACUGAUAAGUGCGAAGAAUAAGUUCCUAAAAAAUAUAGAGAAAGCGCUCAAAACGAUUAUCGAACAUAUGAAAUUUGAGAACUUUGGUUUUAAUUACAUAUUCCGGUUUGCAGUGGUCACCAUUAUGUUUUGCCUGAAUUCGUUUCUCUUCGAGAGGAACUCAUCCAACGGUCGCAUCUACCAUUUGGUGGUGGUCAACCCGAGUGGAAUUCUUGCAAACAAAGUGGACCACAAAAAGGAGGUUCAAAAGGGGGACGUAACGGAGAGCCAACCGGAGGGACAACAAAAUGGCAACCCCCCAAUUCUGCACAACAAAGAGCAAACCCACGAUAAUCAUCUAGAACACCACGCACACAUCGAAACAAAGGCGCUAAAUUUUAUUAACAAAACCGAAGGGGAGUUGCCAACCUAUCCAGAUUCUCACCAACUGGGAAGUAAAAUGAAAUGCACUGAAGUAUCACACCCACACGCAGCUCAUAUUGUAGAUAACAAAUCGAGCGAGAAGAGUCAACCGGGAAGACAUAAUUACCAAUCAGACGUGGAACAAAUAUGCACGGAAUAUUUUCUGAAUGAAAGUGUACCCUUCCCCUUUGCAGAAGAGGAGAAACGAACCCAAUUCUUCUACGAUCUGCUUAAAAGUAGUCUCAUUUAUCAAGAAAUGGAAAAAAAAAUUAAAAAUAAUUUUCCCCAUUUUUUUUACCUUAAUGGGAAAAAAUUAAAUGACGCCAUUAAUAAAGACAACUGGGUUCGCAUACCUGCAAGGAUAAAUCAAUGCAUCUUUAAAAAGAAAUUUCAUUUUUUUCACGUUAUAUCGCUAUAUAAGAAAACGUUUUACGAUUUUUUGAAUGUCCCCUUUUCGGAAAAUCCCCUAAUCACUUUUAACUUCAAGAGGCUAGAAGAAAAGUUGUGUUCCGAUACGGACCUACCCCCCGAGUAUACGAACGCGCAGGGACACGAAAAGUGGCUCUCAUCUAAAUUGAGUAAUCAUCCGAAGAAUGACACCAGUUGGAGUAAAUGCACCACCCUUCAUAAUGAUCCAUCCGAAGUGAAAAAAAAAACGAACAACCGCAAAGCGGACGAAACGAGCGAAGAGACAUACUUAAACAAGACAAACAAAAUGAUGAAUAAGAAGGAAAAUUUCCACAUUAUUAACUUUGAUAUAGUUGUAUCAAAAAGUAGCAGCAUGCUCAUCUUCGUGUUGCAGAAUUAUUUAAUGCUGGAGGAGCUCCUGCCCAAUUUGAAGGACGAAAUAAAGCAGUACAUGUUAAAAGUAAUCGAUUUUUACAUGUACAUAUUAUGCUGCUAUUUUAUGAAAAGGGAAACCUUGGAAGAACUCCUCCUUGACUUAAAAAAAUACAACGACAGGUUAGGCAUAAACAACUUAUAUUUUAUUAUAAAGAAACAAGAAAAGUACAAAUAUUUGUAUAACUUUUUAAUUUUUUACACUGAAGAAAUUAGGAAUAAUUCGGAUAAUUAUCACUUCCUGGAUGCUCAUAAAAAUUCCCAUCACCCUUUCCAAAAUAAAUACAACGUAGCAAAUUGUACCAAUGUGACAGAUGGUUUCUGUCCACCUUUCAGCUUAAAUAACUUUAGUAAAAUUUACAGCUCCACGUGUCACUACGCCAUUUCGGAAAAGAUAAUUGCCAUCGAGUCGUUGUACUGCUUGGUUAGCAAAUUGAAAGAAGAAAUAAUGCAAUCGGGGGGGGUCAAAACGGAGGAAAAAACGGGCGAAGUUGGAACGUUCAGCGGGUACAAACAUCUGCCAAAUGGGGAACCAAGCCAAAAGAAGAAUAUCCAGCGCAGCAGUACUAUGAGUAACCACCGUAGUGACGCAGAGUGGGCUUCCCUUAGCCCCUUCUUGGAGCAAAAGCUGCACAUCGUGGAUGAACUGCGAAUUUUAGCUUAUUGCGAUUCGCUGUAUGAACUUGUAGACAGCAGUAACUACAUCAGUGAAGUUGUGAAGUUAGUUAACGACGCGUUUAAUACGCUCGGAGGGGACAGGAACGCAACGCAGGGUCACAACAUCGGAACAAAAAAAGAUUUACAGACAAAUAUACAGACAAGCUUACAGACGACCUUACAGACAAAUUUCCAAACGCAUAUGAACCAGUUCAUGAAUUUAUACAUUAACAUACUGAAUGACGCGAAGCGAAAAUUAACCUUCUGCUGCGACGGGGUCGUAUCUGUCGUAGUGCACUACCUACUGUGGAAUUUAAUAAAUUACAUUUUUAACUUAAAUAAUAUUGAAAUUAUCCACCAGAUUAGGGGUGAUAUGCUACCAGUAGUAGCCCCCUGUAAUAGGAACAACCAAACAGCAAGUCCAUCUGCCCCCCAAAGUAGCAUCCAAGGAAGGACAAACCAGCGUGUGCCCAUCCCAGGUGCAGGCCCAAAAGGGAGAAGAGAAUUUAUGGUGAACCAGAAAAAGGAAGCCAAAGUUUUAUCCCGUCGGAAGGAUGCAAAAUUAGGGGGAGCCAACCUUGUUAGUAAUAAUAAAUCGGACAUAAGGGAAGCAAGUACACAAAAGAGAAGUGAUGAUUAUACAAACAGCAGCAACAGUGGCAACACUAAUAAGGAUGCACCUCAAUACGUAGUAAAUACCUUAAAAAAAUUCUUCAGCACAAUUUCAGAGUCCAUAAUUCAGCAUAUAACCAAUUUGGAAAGAGAAGUAGAGAAGUACUUAUCCCAAAGCGAGAGUGACAAUAACCCCAUUUGUGAUGUGCGCAAUUCUGUGUACAUGAAUCUAUACAGAGAGCUAAAAAAUGUGCACUCGGAAAGGCACAGAUUUUACUACAUUUUUCUCGCAAAUGGGAUAAAUUAUUACGAUCAGUAUGUAGACCUCCAUUUGUGUAACUUACCUAAGCUGGACCAACUGGUUAAAUGUGCAAAUGCAGAUUUCUUCCAGUAUAAGCACGUGCAUUCCGUCAUUCUGAAGUACCACUAUUCUAAGCUGGUACCUGAGAGCUACGUUAAUCAGUACGAACUGAGCGUCUUGAAGGAAAUACAGAGCAAAAUAAAAUCACGCAUUGUAUGA